UAUUUUUUUAAUGUUCCUGAACACAGGCUAUCGAAUCUUCGUCAUUUGUGUUACAAUUUGGGUCAUGCGUAUAAACGAGCAGCAUACAUUCGCUCCCCGCCAUACAUGUAUAUCAAGGGCAACGAUCCAACCAUCUCCCCUUUUCACCAGCAUCACUAUCUUCUAAUGAUUUGAUUUUAUCCAAUCAAUAAUGCUCAAAAGCCCACCAAACAGAAGCUCAAGAUGGGAAAAGGAUGGAGAAACAACGAUCCUGAUAAAUGAUGACGAUCGACGGGAACUACCGGUCCCAGUACCAAGGAUGACUGCAGGACAAGCAUGCCUUUGGGUUUUGACAUUCUUAAUCUUAUCUUCCGGUUUGAUAGGCUUAGUUGCACAAUCAUCCGUUACAUGGAGAGGAAUAAUGCAACCGCUAGAAGAAGAUCAACAUCUCGCAUUCCCAGAAGCAUCACCAGCCGGUCUGGUAUCAUCUUGGAAGUCAACAAAUGAAACUAUAACUACACCAACCGAAUCAGCACAAACUCCCAUCUCAACAAGCACACCGACUCCCUCAAACACCAAAGAGAUGCCUUGUAUACCCGGAUUGUACGAUGAUAUGCUUGUUGUGAUCAAGACGGGAGCUUCGGUAAUGUAUGAUCGUGCAUUGGUGCAUAUACACACAACACUUCGAUGCAUACCACACACACUUCUGAUCUCAGAUGCGGAAAUGGAUAUCGGGAACUACCAUUUCGUCGAUGUGAUACAAGAUUUGGAUCCCGAUACGCUAGCUCAUGAACAAUUGGAAUAUUAUCGAUUACAACAAUCAGCUUUGCAAAAGAAUGAAGAUUUGGGCGCACUGGCCCAAAGAUCAAAAGGGAAAGCGUGGGAUUUGGACAAAUUCAAAUUUAUUCCAAUGGUAAAAAGAGCUUGGCAAGCAAGAACACCACAAACGAAAUGGUUCAUCUUUUUAGAAGCUGAUUCGUUGGUGGAUUGGGCAAAUAUGAAGAUUAUGUUGGAUGCGAAAGAUUCUGAUAAGCCUUGGUAUUUAGGAGCUCCGAGUUGGAUAAAUGACAAUGUUUUCGCACACGGAGGAAGUGGAAUGGUAGUUUCCCAUGCGGCCAUGUCACAAUCCGUUGGAAAGUCAACCGAAGAUUGGAUGGUACAAUGGGGUUCAGCAGCUUUGAACGAAUGUUGCGGAGAUUACCUGCUUUCACGUGCGUUCAAAUCGUUCGGUAUCAAUAUGACAUCUGCCUAUCCUUUGCUUCAGGGUGAUAAUGUUGCACUUGCACCGCUUAUGCCCGAUUUAUGGUGUAGGCCAGUAGUAACCAUGCAUCAUGUCAAACCAAGUCACGUAGCAUCCUACUGGGCGUUGGCGGAAUAUUCGAUGCAACAGGUAGCCGAAGGACGAAGGAAUCAUUCGCUUCUGUGGAGAGACAUCUAUACAAUCUUUGUUGAGCCGAGCAUGCAACAGUAUAAACUCGAUUGGGACAAUCUGUCCUUGGAUUGGGAAUUCACCUUUGCAAAACACGAAAACGGUAGCGAAGAAGAAAAGAAUGCGUUUGCAUCUCCAGGAGGAUGUGAAGCCAUGUGUAGGCGUGAGAAUGAAUGCAAGCAAUGGUCACAUUUCGGAAUGACGUGCAAGAUGAGCAGAGCAGUUCGAGCAGGAGAGCCAGUAAAACGCGAGAAAGGAUCAAACGCACUUUUUGCACAAACAAAUCAUAUCAGCGGUUGGAUGUUAGAUCGGAUAAACACUUAUACAAAACAACAUGCUAUUUGCGAAAACGGAGCGGAUUUCAAAUUUAACGAUUAAUGAGGAUGUACCAUAUUUGCCCGAUUUUGACAUUUCAUCAUUUGUACCAUACAAACACAAUCCCGAGAAAUGAAUAGAGAAAUGCUGAUUCGAGCGAUUUAAUACGAUAUGUCGUUUGAGAAAGGAGUACAUCAGAUACAUUUUGUCCAGGCCUUUUCUCUGUCAGAGUCAAUCAUGCAUCGGUAGCGAAGAUAAAUUG